AUUGAAUUAGUAAGCGUAUCACACUGGUGCCUUGAAUAGUAGGCUGCUUGAAGGUCCUUCCCUAGAUGAUGAUAAAGCUGGUUUUUAUCGCGGUCGCUUUAUAUGCAGUUACAGUAAGUGCUACUCAGUGCCUGUAGUAUUCCGUCUGGCUUACCAUUUUGACCUUUUACAAUCACUGUUUUAAUUUCAGCUACGUGGCGUUAUAAUCAUGGCUUCUCUCCCCGCGGUUGGGUUGAUCACGUGAAAAUUCAUUUCGUUGUUACACGAUAGUUUUCAGGGCGUAGAAAGCAAAUUUACUCAAGGCAAAAGGACAAGUUUAAAUUCCAUGCGGAAUUAUUUGAAUUUGUUUUUUCGCAACUAAACGAAUUGAAAUAGCGCUAAUCAAAAACGUGUAUUAGGUCGAUUUAUUGUUUAAUUAUUUAAUUACUUCUUCUGGUCAGUUGAUCACAAUUGCAAUGGCAUUGGUUAUCAGAACCCCAUAGUGGAAUCAUUCAUCGGUACUGAAUCUUGAUUUAGUUUUGAAUUCGUAUUAUUUAAAAUUCAUGAUUAUUUCUGUUUCAACAGCUGACUCAGGCUAGAGUCACAUUUUUCCAGGUAGCUUUUGCUCCACACGAAAAUUGUACCGGCUAGGGCUUCUGUUCCUACAUAAGAACAGUUGAUUUCGGCGUGACUUCCGUAACGGAGCAAAACUGCGACGCGUCGAUCUCUAAAGAGGAGAGAGACAUAUCGGAUAGUUGUGCUUACUAUACCGGAUAGCUAGUAAGCAAGUUUGCCUUUUGAAACAAGAAAAGAUUAGCAUUAUUUUUAACUGGAACUUUACAUGACGACCAUGACCCGUCCCAUCCCCGCGAUAAUCGACCCCAUUGAAGGGAGAAUGGGACGCGCAAAGCCUUCUAGGAGUUCAGUCCUCCAUUUUGUCUUUUUUUCACACAGACAGAAGCAAGAGGCAUUGCCCUCGGGGGCAGCCUAAUAAAAAUUGUACCGUAAUUUCUUGUAUCGACAGACUUGAUUUUGUUUCCUCUUUACCCCCUGAAAAACCACGUGACAUUGCUUUUAGCCCAUCAACAGGCCGUGGGACGUGCAUGGGGGCGGACGUGUUUUUAUGAGACUUGGCUCCGACAUACAGUGAUCCUGUUUGCCUUUUUGUGCCCUCGUAUCCUUAAGCCCGUGCAUUCUGGCGGGUAUCGUAGGAAGGGUUCUAUUGAGACUGUCUCUGCGUGCUAUUAUGAAUGCAAUUGUAGUUUUGAUCAGCCAUGCCUGGUAUAGCUACUGUCAGUAAAGAAAAAUCUUCUUAAUUUGACUUGUUGUUCUCCUACCAGCAAUGUUCUAUAGUUCCACGAAAGCCCCGUCACCUUAAGAAUGAACGUCAGAGCAUAGUGAGCUUCUACCGCAACCAGAAAUUACCCUUGGGAUUUUUUGUGAAUGGACGCGGAUCACGGAUGACACCCCGUUCGCUCAUAGGUAGCGGAAGUGGAAGUGGAAGUGGGAGCGGAAGCGGAAGUGGUGAUAUUAUUUCCCGUUUUGUGAUUUCCCAUGGUCAUAAGAAAAGUAAAGUGUAA